AAGAAGCCGUGUCCAUUGUGUCCUGAGGAGAAAUUCAAAGCUUGCUACAGUCAUAAACUCCAUCGUCAUCUUCAGAAUUUGCACUGGAAAGUUUCUGUUGAAUUUGAAGGGUACAGAAUGUGCAUCUGCCAUUUACCUUGUCGUCCAGUAAAACCAAACCUUGUUGGAGACCAGACAUGUUCAAAGAUGGGAGCCCAUUACCAUUGUAUCAUCUGUUCAGCAACUAUCACGCGAAGAACUGACAUGAUAGGUCAUAUUAAUCGUCACGUGAAUAAAGGAGAAACUGAAUCAAGGUUUAUUACAGUUCCUGCUCCCAAGUCUUCUCACGAAGUGCUGAAAGAGUCAGCCACGGAUGUGCAGGUUCUUCCCAACUACUCCACGCCUCAGAAAACGGAUUCCUAUUUUAAUCCUAAAAUGAAACUCAACAGGCAAUUGAUAUUCUGCGCACUAGCUGUUCUAGCUGAGGAACGUAAGCCGAUAGAAUGCUUGGAUGCUUUCGGUGCCACUGGUAUAAUGGGAUUACAAUGGGCAAAGCAUCUCAGAAGUUCUGUGAAAGUUACAAUUAAUGAUUGUAAUGAAAAUUCUGUGACAAUGAUUCAGGAAAACUGCCAUUUAAACAAAAUGAAGGUGAAACUGAACACUAAGGAGGAAGACAAUGAUGAAGCUGUGGGAGAUGGAGACGAAAAUACUGACACCAUUGAGGUGACAAAAAUGGAUGCCAACGUUAUAAUGCAUUUGAGAUCAUUUGAUUUUAUCCAUUUGGACCCCUUCGGGACUUCUGUGAAUUAUCUGGAUUCUGCCUUUAGAAAUGUGAGAAAUCUUGGAAUUGUGUCACUGACGUCCACAGACGUCAGUUCUCUGUAUGCAAAGGCUCAACAUGUUGCCCUGCGUCAUUAUGGAUGCAAUAUUGUCAGAACAGAGUACUACAAGGAACUGGCAGCCAGAAUAGUACUUGCUGCUGUGACAAGAGCUGCAGCUCGCUGUAACAAAGGCAUCGAAGUUUUACUUGCAGUAGCUCUAGAACAUUUUGUUCUAGUAGUGGUCAGAGUUUUAAGGGGGCCAUCCCCUGCGGAUGAUUCAGCAAAGAAAAUAAAAUACCUCAUCCAUUGCCAGUGGUGUGAAGAGAGAAUUUUUCAGAAAGAGGGUAAUAUGGUAGAAGAAAACCCUUAUCAGCAGCUGCCUUGUGAUUGUCACGGCAGUAUGCCUGGGAAGACAGCAGUAGUUCUUGGUCCUCUCUGGUCAGGCGCCCUCUUUAACACUGGAUUCCUCAGAAGAAUGCUGUUUGAGGCUGUCCAGUAUGGUUUGGAUGAAGCUCAGCCACUUUUGAAGACAUUAGUUUGCGAAGCAGAGUGCACAACUUUAAAACAUUUUUCUACCCAUAGUCCUUACGAUGAGAACAAACAAGAAGAGUGUGGCGUAUAUAUUAAAACACCAAGCACUUCUGCAGAAUCCUACUUGGUACAUGGAAAAAGAAGAAGUGAUGAAGUGAUGCGAAAUGCAGCCAAGCGACAGAAGUCGGAGAACAGUGCUGAGCACCCUGCAUUUUACUACAAUAUCCACAGACACAGUAUUAAAGGAAUGAACAUGCCAAAGUUAAAUAAGUUCUUAAGCUAUCUCUCUGAAGCUGGAUACAGAGUAAGUAGAACCCACUUUGAUCCUAUGGGAGUUCGCACGAACGCGCCCUUGGCGCAAUUUAAGACUAUUCUUAUGAAGUACAGCACACCCACGUACGCGGGGGGGCAGGCGGAAGGCCCCGUCCAUCUAACUGAGGAUGUCCAGGCAGGAGAACAGGUUCAAGCUGCCGCAGAUGGCAAGGCAGAAGAUGCCAAGUUUCUGGAAGAUGGUAAAUCUGCGGUCGCUGCCACUGUAUUCACAAAAGACUACCCUACUCACUGUGCAGCUGAUUAA